GUCAUCGCACGUGAUUAUUGACACUUGCGCACGGUUUGUGUUUGCUGUCUAGACAGUCAAGUUCAGGCGAUACUAUAGCUGGUCUGGGAAAAGGAAACUGCGGAAAAGCACGCCCUAAACGACCCCUUUUUCAAUAGACGAAAGGUACGGAUUAUCGGGAGACCCAUCAUGUCUCUGUAUCCCAGCUUGGAGGAUAUGAAAGUGGAUGAGCUGAUGAGAGCUCAGAUACAGGAGGAAGAGCGGCGGCGGAUUGAAGUGGCGCAGGAAGCAACCCCCUACCCCAACGCACCACCCCCGUACCCGGUGGCAGGAAAUGGGGAAUUAUAUCCCUCCCUGGGAGACUUCAUGGGAUUGCAAAUCACCGACGAGUUCGUCCAAACUCAUUUUCCGCACGCUACUGAAAUUGCACUGCCACAGCAAGUGCAAGAGUAUCAAAACCGCGGUGGAAUGGUUGCUCCUAUAAGCAACCAGAGUCUUGCAUUCCAGAAAACCCAAGUGACGCACGGAAUCAGAGAGUUGACGUUGUGCAAGGAUGGCGAAGGCAAAAUCGGUCUUCGCCUGCGGUCUGUGAACAACGGCCUGUUUGUUUGCUUGGUCUCCAAGAACUCGCCUGCUGCGUUGGCCGGUCUCAAAUUCGGAGAUCAAAUUUUGCAGAUCAACGGACAAGAUGUCGCUGGCAUGGACAUGGAGGAGGGCCACAGGAUCUUGAAGAAGUGUGACAAGAACAACAUCAAGAUCAUUGUCAGGGACAGGCCUUUUGAGCGGACCGUGGUGCUGCACAAGGACUCGACAAAUCACAUUGGUUUCCAGUUCAACAAAGGAACCAUCACAAGGCUUGUAAAGGACUCUUCUGCAGCUCGUAAUGGACUUUUGACUGACCAUCAACUGAUGGAAGUGAAUGGACAGAAUGUCAUUGGUCUGGAUGAUAAGGAAAUUACCAACAUCAUCAGGAACUCAAGCUCUGUUGUCACCCUCACCAUCAUGCCACACAUCCUCUACGAGCACAUGGUCAAAAAGAUGCACGGCAGUCUGAUCUCCAAGAUGAUGGACCACUCUCAGCCUGCCAUCUAAAUGGUUUGUCCCUAAAUUUGCACUGUCCAAGCCUCAAAUUAUCGGCGCCAUUUGGUUUCUAAUUGCUUCAAGUCCCUAUUUAUUCUCUUUUGUAAUGAAAUUGUUUUUUACUUGCCGUUAUAAGCUUAUAUACUUAUCCAACUAUGAUUGGCAGUGAUGUUAGUUAGGAAACUGAAAGUUGGUGUGAUGUUCAGACGGCGAGCUUAUAAGUAGCUCUCACUGGUAAUAGUCAAAUAAUUUGGCGGUGUUUAAGAGAAGACCUGUCACUCUUUCUUAUUCUAGUAUUUUAUAAACUUUUAUCCAAGCCAUAGGUAUAAGAAAAUUCCUAAGCAACUUUGCCAACAUGAAUAAAUAAAAGUUACUGCUGCUUCUCAUAGCAAUCAUAAGAGCCUUCCGAAUAAUUACCUGUGCUGCAUUUUCAACAAAAUAUAUAUCUGCACUAGGAGCCAUGUUCUGACAACCUGUUCAUGUUUAAAGAGUAAAUAAAUAAUAAUUAUCUCUUUUGUUGGAGACUAUUUUAUCCAGCCAA